AUGCAGUCGGUUCAGCUGUCUUAUCCGGGAUCGACGACACAUUCCAGCGGGGGGGCCGGCAUGUUGCCCGAUCGCUCUUCACAUGGUAAUUUCAGCGGAUCGAUUACCGUUGACCCCCCAAGAGCUUCCUAUCGCCCCUCACGGGUAACCAACCAUCGUCUCGACCUUGAACAGCGAAUCUUAGGCGACCGCGCGGAGCGUCGCGAAUCCCGGCUACCUGGAAGAUCGACAUCGCUGCAUCACUCUACAAGAAAUGCUACUGCAUCUCAUUAUGCGCCAAGAGGUCCCUACUUUCCAAUUGAAUUGCAGUCGGCAGCAGACGGGGGCUCUCAGGAAGCGCGGCCGAACGCUACAUAUAAUGCACACCUCCCAUCAGAUCCUGAGAGCCUCCGACGGGGCGGGCGAUCAUGCGGAUCGAUGCUCAAGGAGACCCGAGCUCGAAGGCGGCUUAUUACGCUGGUCGUAUCUGCAGCUUUUCUCGUCCUCGUUGUCGCUAUCUAUCUCGCAUUCGCUGCUUCUCGUACGACAUUAGGCCGGGAGCUCAAGAUCCUUCUUAUUUUCAUGAUCCUCAUUCUCGGGAUUGUUUUCUGUCAUUCUCUCACCCGCUUCUUAAUGGUCAUUUUACGACGGCCUGACACCGAUGUCUCUACGAAUCGCAUACCCAGUCGGGCGGGGCCAGCCGGCUAUGCGCAGCCAGCGCGUCCCAUCCAUGUGAUCCUAGCAGGAGAUGAGGACGUUGCCGAAAGCCAAAGUACUGUGCGGGAAAAAGUCACGGCGCCCCCUCCAGCAUACGGUCUUUGGAGGAGUAGUGUGAGGAUAAAUCCCGACCUUCUCUACUGGCAGCGCGUGGAAAAUAAUAGACAGCAACCGCCCAAGAGUAUAGAUAGGCGCAUGAGCAAUAAAGCUCGAAUACCCCGACCACCCAGCUACACAUCCGAUAAUGGCGUUGACUAUGUGAUUGAGGCGCAACCACGAUCAUUAACACAGUGGCAUAUCCCUGAGGAGCCAGAGCGUUAA